GUCGUCGUCGUCGGCGGCGGUGUUUCUAUGCGGCUCUUUCGCGACGACCGCCGCCUACAUCGACCGCGGACACCGCUCGCGCGGUCGGGCGAAAAUCGAUUGACGCGCAUACGGCUGGCCCCCGGGGCGGCAUGGGAGGUUCGCUUGGCGAGCAGAUAGCGUUCCGCUGUGACCGAAUGACCCCGGCACGUACGGACGCUAAUUGGCCCCUGUUGUCCUUGCACCCGUGUACUAACGCGUACGGCCGCCGCCGGCGUUUUACCUCCACCGGGAACAAGCCAUACCCGCCACAGCCGCCACCCCGUUAACCCAAAAAUCGUCCGAGCCGCACACGAACGGGGUCAACGUACAAGAAAAUGCAAAAUACAUGUACCGACGAAGGACGGUGGUAUACCCGCAACCAGUGGCGUCGUCUCUCAUCUCGCUCUUGAUCCGUUGACCCCGAAAAUAAAUUUAAGUAUUUAUUUGACAAUAAUGGUUUUGUACUUUUGUUGUUCUACAAUUUCUACCGCAUAAAUAGCGGUAGAAAAGAAGCGAGCCAGACAGCGAACGGUGAUUAUCGCUUUGUAGAUGAACUCUGCAACGAUUUCAAAAUGUCAGCAAUUAUUAAUCAUUUUCUUAUCUAUGACAUAACUGCAAAGUAUUCGUGAUUGAGUGUUCAUAAAUUAAAAAAUAAAAUAUCUAACUUACCUACCCGUUUAUCUUUUGUUAGUUUUGUUAAUUCACGUCUGACCUUUAGUCUACGCGUUAGCUAUUGCACGCACUAUUUAAAGCAAUACGACGUUACAAAAUAAUAAAAGUAAUUUUCUCUCUCUCUCUCUCUCUCUCUCUCUUAUCGACACGAUAGGCGAGCGUGACGCCAACAAGACCGUGAGGGUUUUGAUGAAUACAAGGAAAAUCCUAUCUCCGUGGCGUAUAAUAGGUUAAAAGUGAUACCAAUCUGUAACACAUAAUAAAAGUAGGUAAUACAGCGUUGGCCCGAGUCCAUGAAAACUGCGAUAAAAUUUAUACGCGCCAAGGUCCGUCGCGGAAAAACGAAUAAAAAUUAAUUGAAUUAUUUUUGUUUAGAGUUAUUUAGCAGUUGUGUGCGUUAUUUUCGGAUCGAAUCGAUUCAAUUGCAUUUGUAGGCAUUUUAACGACUUAUGCCAAUAACGUUCUAUUUCCGAAUCGCCUAUCGACAAUCACUGGGCGGCACCAAUUCAACUCUCCGACAUUUAUAAUCAUGUUAGAUUAGCAUAAAUAUUAGAAAGAUAAAAAUUCAAACAAUUGUUACCACGUUACGGGUAUGGUGAGUUCAAAUAAAGAGAAGACAUCUCUUCUUACCCAUUUUACCACUUCUCCAAACCAUCAUAACCCUCAACUAAUACCGAAAUUAGUAUACGAUUAUACUGUCAUUUAUACAUACACCAGCCUCUCUGAUAUAAUUUACAAUUACCUCUUGACAUCUCUUUCCGAGUCUGCCAUCUACAUUUGCUGGGUCUUGAUCUUCUCUCCUCGUAGCAUAGCCACACCUAAUAACUACCAUUCAUUAUAUCCGCUCUAGUCGUUUUGCUCAUCAUUUAUCAAAAUAGUUUUGUUUAUAUUCGCUACAUUCUGAUACCAGCAAAAGUUAUGACCAAUGAUCAUACAAUUUGAACUUAAGUCUCUACAUUUCAUCCAUUCAUUUUUUUCUUAUCAUUUGUGCCCUUUGAAAUCCAUUAUUUUCUAGCAGGGUUCCUACAUACUUUCACAUAUGAAACUCACCCUGCCAUCUCCUUGUUUGCUCUAUCCACAAUCAUGGUUGUUUCUAAACCUUUUCCGCGUGGUUCUCCUCAUCUCUGGUCUAUCAGUACUUCGUCAUCUUAAAUCGGUAGAUCUAGAUAAAACUGCUGGAUACUGUUCAGAAGGACAUAUAAGGCCAGCGGACAAGAUAAAAGAUACCAGUGUCAAAAAGAGAUAUGAAAAGCUGAUGCCAAAACAGUGUGGAAUCUUGAUGGGUAUUGUAUAAGCUCAGAAACAAGAAUGUUAAUUAUAACAUAAAAGCCUUGUCGUUGGUUGGAAAAUAAAACACGCAUUAGGUUAUAUUCGUACUAGAUGGUAGAUGGAGGACAGUCAUAUUAUUACUUUGUUCGAUGAGAUCACUAGCAAAACAAAGUCGACUAACAAUCGCCUGUAGGCCUUUUUGACUCCGGAUUAAUUACUUCAGUAUUCGUUAUCUCGUUGAAUUUAUCUUGUCUUUAUUUAGAAUAACAGUAACAAUGGAACAUUUUGCGCUCGCUAGUACUAUCUCUGAUCAGUCUAGUAGUCACUGCCACAAUCAUUCAAAAACAAAAUGAAAUAUAUUGAAUGCAUAGUGUAUAACUAAAAUAUAAUUAAAAUAUUUUUUUAAAAACGUCAUCUAGAACGAGAUAAUAUUAAACUUCACUCAAAUAUGCAGUUCGACAAUCGAGCUGUGUUAAGUGAUUGUUUAUGUGAUGGGUGUAAUAAUUUAAUUGCUUGUAUACAAGUUUACUAGUUUGUGAUCCCAGUUUUGACAUUUUUACUCUUGUACUGAAUUUUGAGUGCAUCUGUAAUAACUGUGGCGUGGUUUAAAUGUGAAAGUCAAUGCCCUAUUUAAGUCUUCUUCUUAAAUGGUGGACACUCUUGCAAACACCAAUAAGGAAAUUUCAAUAUUUGGUUUCGUAUCAAGAGCAAAUCUUGGAUCGAGUCAGACGAGCCAUGACCGUUGGCAGUUGUUGUGUGGCCGCGGUGUUGCUGUUGGCGGCCGCGCGCGACGCCGGAUGCGCCAACGUGUUGGCCGUGUUCCCGUUUAACGGCCACAGUCAUUUCGCCAUGGUCGCGCCGCUGAUGGAGGCGCUGGCGGAUCGCGGCCACCGGGUGACGGUGAUCAGCCCGUUUCCGCGACGCAGCCCGCCGCCCAACUACGUAGACAUCGACGUGUCGGACGUGCUGCCGCCGGUGAUCAGCCAGCUGAACGUAACUGACAUGACCAGUGUGACGGCCAACCCGGUCACCCGUUUGCGGAGCUUGUGCCACAUGAACUACAUGGUGUGCGACGCGGCGUUCGCGCAUCCGCAAGUGUUGCGGCUGAUCCGCGGCCCGUCUACCGGGUUCGACGUGGUCUUCACCGAAAUAUUCUCGUCCGACUGUUUCGCCGCGUUCGCCCAUAAGUUCGGCGUCCCGUUGAUAUCGAUGCGCACCGCCGAAGGAUCGCCGCACGUCCACCAGCGGGCCGCCAACCCCCAGAACCCGGCCUAUCUAGUCAACCACUUGCUCACGUACUGGCCGCCACUGACGUUCGUCCAGCGGUUGGUAAACGCGGCGUCCACACACUUGGGUGCCAUUGGGUUCCACGCGUUCUCCGACGGCCCGUCCACCGAACUGGCACGUCGGUACUUCGGCGUCGACACGCCGCCAAUGUCCGAAAUCGUGGCCCGGACUUCGCUCGUACUUGUCAACAGUCAUCACAGUAUUUUGCAGGCCAGGCCUACCGUGCCCAACGUGGUCGAAGUCGGUGGCAUACACAUCAGAGACACUAAGCCUAACGCUACGAAUGAAUGGACCGAAUUCUGCGACCGAUGCGGCCAAGGAGUCAUAUACGUAUCUUUUGGUUCUCUAAUCAAAGGCGAAUCGUUUCCUCGGGGUUUCGUGUCGUCGUUGGUCCGAGCUUUCGAAAAACUACCGUACUGCGUUUUAUGGAAGUACGAGGGCGACGGUAUUGACUCGGAACGCAUCAGAGUGUCCAAAUGGAUGCCGCAACAAGACAUACUGAGCCACAACAACAUCAAGGUGUUCAUAACGCACGGCGGUCUGAUGGGAGUCAUGGAAGCCGUCCACUUCGGCGUGCCUAUGAUCGGCAUACCGGUGUUCGGCGACCAACCGGCCAACGUGGCCAAGUGCGUGCAGAGGGGCGUGGCCAUCGGAUUAAACUACCGGUUGAUCAACGAAAACGUGUUGAUCGACAGCAUACGAGCCAUCGUCACCGACGACAAGAAAGCUGUUUCCAGAAAUGUAAUAAUUGAGAAAUUAUUCAACAUUUCCUGUAAACAUUUUAAGGAAUUUUUGAAAGAUAUCGGAUAAACUCAAUUGAACUGUCUGCAAGAUUUCGAGACAGACCGAUGAGCGCGUUGGAAACAGCCGUAUUUUGGACAGAGUAUGUGAUUAAACACAGUGAAACGACAAG